UCCCAGAGCGUCUUCCGGCGGGAGCUGUAGGGCUCCUUACCAUGGGGACAAUUCAUCUCUUUCGGAAGCCGCAGAGAUCUUUUCUUGGAAAGUUACUACAGGAAUUUAGACUUGUAGCAGCUGACCGCAGGUCCUGGAAGAUCCUUCUCUUUGGUGCGGUCAACGUGCUGUGCACGGGCUUCCUGCUCAUGUGGUGCAGCUCUACUAACAGCAUAGCUUUAACUGCUUAUACUUACCUCACCAUUUUUGAUCUUUUUAGUCUAAUAACAUGUUUGAUAAGCUACUGGGUAAUGAUGAGGAAGCCUAGCCCUGUCUAUUCAUUUGGGUUUGAAAGAUUAGAAGUCCUGGCUGUGUUUGCAUCUACCGUCUUGGCACAGUUGGGAGCUCUCUUUAUACUAAAAGAAAGUGCAGAACGUUUUUUGGAGCAGCCUGAGAUACACACGGGAAGAUUAUUAGUUGGUACUUUUGUGGCUCUUUCUUUCAACCUGUUCACGAUGCUUUCUAUUCGGAAUAAGCCUUUUGCUUAUGUCUCUGAAGCUGCUAGUACGAGCUGGCUUCAAGAGCAUGUGGCAGACCUUAGUCGAAGUUUGUGUGGCAUUAUCCCAGGACUCAGCAGUAUCUUCCUGCCCCGUAUGAAUCCAUUUGUCCUGAUUGACCUUGCUGGGGCGUUUGCUCUGUGUAUAACAUACAUGCUGAUUGAAAUUAAUAACUACUUUGCUGUAGACACCGCAUCUGCAAUAGCCAUUGCCCUGAUGACCUUCGGCACCAUGUAUCCCAUGAGUGUGUACAGUGGGAAAGUCCUUCUCCAGACUACACCACCUCAUGUUAUUGGUCAGUUGGACAAGCUGAUCAGAGAGGUAUCUACCUUGGAUGGCGUCUUAGAAGUCCGAAAUGAACACUUUUGGACCCUUGGAUUUGGCUCAUUGGCUGGAUCCGUCCAUGUAAGAAUCCGACGCGAUGCAAACGAACAAAUGGUUCUUGCUCAUGUGACCAACAGGCUGUACACACUUGUGUCUACUCUGACUGUUCAGAUUUUCAAGGAUGAUUGGGUGAGACCCGCCUUAAUGUCUGGGCCCACGGCCCCCAGCGUCCUGCACUUCUCAGACCAUCACAUCAUCCCGAUGCCUCUGCUAAAGAGCACCGAUGCUGUGACCCCGGUCACAUCAACACCAGCCAAACCUAGCAGCCCGCCUCCGGAGUUUGCAUUCAAUACCCCUGGGAAAAACGUGAGCCCGGUGAUUCUCCUGAACACACAGACAAGGCCGUAUGGUUUGGGUCUCAAUCGUGGACACACACCAUACAGCAGUGUGCUCAGCCAAGGACUCACAGUUCCAGGAUUUGGGGCAGGCCAGGGAUUGAGGCCGACCUUCCCACAGUUACCGAGUAGGUACGGAAACAACAGGACUGGACAGCCAAGACCUUGAAGGACUCUAACUUAUUUUCAUGGAGACUAUCGACUCCUUGGCUUCCAGUGUACUUAGUAACCCACCUUGCGUUGACUGUUCAACCAUUUGUCAGAUUAUUGCAGGCUUGUUCAUAUUUCAUGAAACCCAUAAACUCUAUUUUUGUACAAUGUUCUUGUGGCAGUGAGGUCUUUGGAAAUGUCCCAGGUGUUAGGUGGGCUCCCUUCAGAAAGCCCCUCUCUCUAAGCUUGCACGUUGGCUGUUCUUUUUUU